GGUGGGCGUAUCUCCUGACUCAGGUAUUGCUGUUAUCAUGGCAACCAGUGCGGUCCCUAGCGACAACCUCCCGACAUAUAAAUUGGUGGUUGUAGGAGAUGGAGGCGUGGGGAAGAGUGCCCUCACCAUCCAGUUUUUCCAGAAGAUUUUUGUGCCAGACUAUGAUCCCACUAUUGAGGAUUCCUAUUUGAAACACACAGAAAUUGAUGGCCAGUGGGCUAUCUUGGAUGUUCUAGACACAGCAGGUCAAGAGGAAUUCAGUGCCAUGCGAGAGCAGUACAUGAGAACUGGUGAUGGUUUCCUCAUUGUGUUUUCUGUUACUGACAAGGCCAGCUUUGAACAUGUUGAUCGAUUUCACCAGCUCAUCCUACGAGUGAAAGACCGAGAGUCUUUCCCAAUGGUUUUGGUAGCUAACAAAGUUGACCUGGUACAUCUGAGGAAAGUGACAAAUGAACAGGGCUCUGAGAUGGCCACCAAACACAACAUUAGCUACAUUGAAACAAGUGCCAAGGAUCCCGCAAUGAAUGUGGAAAGAGCUUUUCAUGAAUUGGUCAGAGUUAUCAGGCAACAGAUUCCAGAGAGUAGUCUGAAAAAGAAGAAAAACAUGAAAUGGCGUGGGGAAAGAGCCAUAAAUUCUCACAGACUUCACUGUGUGAUAUUGUGACUACCUCUACUGUUACAGUAAAAUCAUUUUUAGCAUUUGGUGCAAUAAACAGCCAAGAAGACUGACUGGAAAAUGGAAAUCUACACUAAUUAGAGGACCACAGACUUUGACUAUCAAAACCCAUCAAACAUGAAGUCAGACGGUCAAAAAAAGUUAAACUUUAUUUAUAAAGCACGUUGUUUGCCAAUGUACAGGCAAUCUCUUCCUGUCUCAGGGAAGCACAUUAGGGGACAUACAGUAGGACAUAGUGUGUGAUUUUGCCCAUGGAUAUUGUUGUAAAAGAAUCACUCAGCUCUUUCAGAUGCUUGGUUUAAGGGUUUAAGCAUUGCGGGAGUCUUUUAAAAACUGUGCCUGAUGUGCAUGCAUGAUUGCUGUGCAAAGCUUUUUGAGCAUGUGCAGGGAUGGUUGGAAGUUGUUGUCCAGGGGGUUCCGUCAGAAGAACUCAAAUCUGCCUUACUAAUGAAUAUUUAUUGCCAUGUUUGAGGGAAAUUGUAGCAGGAGUGUAGCUGUAGUAGAGUUUCUUUAUGAUGAGGACACUUUUGUGUCAUGGGGGUGUUUGAUAUUUCCCCAGAAUGGUGUUUAGUGUUAAGCACAAACAGUACUGAACCAAAUAAAGGUCCCAUUUGCACUAGCACACAAAUGCAAGUCAUUUGGCACUUUUCCAGGAGGGCAUGUUAUUUACUCAUGGGGUCGUUUGCUGUAUGCUGCGAUGGCAAAUUUAUGCAGUGUUUUGUGGUUUUGUUAAAGGCACAUUAAUGUUUGGGUCUCUUGCGAUGUCUUUCGUAAUACACAAUUUGUAAUGCUGUCAGAUAUCACUGAAAUAGGUGUCUAGAGAAAUCACACCUUUCACACAGUCUUAGUCUUGGACUCUCUAAGAGACAACACACAGCUAUGUGCAAUAAAGUUUUUAGUAUAGCAUUAAAAUGUAAAAAUCAUUUGAAAUCAUUUGGCCUUAUUACAAAUGCAUUCAAGCAAUUUACCAAAAUACAUUUUAAUCAUUUAAUUAAUGCAACCCUUGCACGGUUCAUUUUUUUAUUGGUAAAUCACAUGAAGCACACAGUAAUUUCUAAGAGCCAUGCUUCCAAUGCCAAUGAGUUCAGUUCUGUAUACAUGGGGUCAGAUUUGAUCCCGGUCCAAACCCAUGUUAUAAUACAUCUGGACCAGGUUUGUUGACCAUUAUUUAUUGUUUACAUAAUGUACUGCUUUGCCAUAAGUGAAGAAAUAAAGACUCUUGUUAUUCAAACAAGCUUAUCAUUCUGUGGUCCAACAAUUGUUAAUGAAAACCGGAGUUGUUUGUAUAUUAAGAAAUUAUCUCAAUGUCAGAUGAUAAGACACAUAGUUUUUUAUUGGAUGUCACUUGUUUUACAGUACUGUAUGUGGUAUUUAAUUAAGUUGUCAUCUCUAUAAACAUCCCUCUCCUAACAAACAUUUGAUAUUGUUCUGCAACAAAUGUUUCAAUUAUGCGGUUUCUUGUUUGUAUUCUUUCACACACUGAUAAGACUGGAAGUGUUGCAAUGUGUAUGUCAUUAUAAAAGAAGGAUCUGAUUUGUUUGAAUACAAAUACAAAUGAAAUUGGAGAGAUGAGCAUUUUAAGAUGGAUUGUUAGAGAGAGGUUUUAUUGAAUUGAAUUUUUACCAAGUGUUGUGACGGAGUUGUUUGAAACUCAACAAUAAGGAUUUUCUUUCUGCUGCCCAAUGUGACAGGUUUUUCAGAUUUUUACUUGCUCUGCCUAUAUUCUCACAGAUGAGAAUAUACUUAUUUUUUUACUUUGAGAC